AUGGCGGGCUCAAAAUGUGACAUCAUGUCUAAGGAACCAAGCUCCAACUUGGAGAGCGCCAUGCAGAUGCUAAUUAAGACCUUCCACAAGUACUCCGGCAAGGAGGGCGACAAGUACACCCUCAGCAGGGGCGAACUGAGAGAGCUACUGACAGAGGAACUGGGGAACUAUCUGGGGAACGCGCAAGAUAAAGACGCGGUGGAACGAGUGAUGAACGACCUGGAUGCCAAUAACGACGGAGAGGUGGACUUCACGGAGUUCAUCAUCCUCAUGGGCGCCCUCACCGUCGCCUGCAAUGACUUCUUCCUCGACAGCCCGCCCCCCAAGGGCAAAGCCGACAAGCCCAAGGCGGACGGAGACACGCCGGAGGGGGAGAAAAAGGAGUAG